UCACACUGUUGUUGUGCAAUAUAGUAGUUGAUAAACUAAUCGCUAUUUUUUUGCGGUUUUAACGACGCGCGGCGGUGCGACUGAGACAGAUAAAUCGUGCGAUUAGAUCAGGAUAAACCCAUCAUUUAGGAACCCCAUUCACAACCAAUUUUUCCAUCAGUCGAACGAGAAAAGAAAAAAAGCGAAAAUGUUCCGUACUCUGUCACGCGUUAGCGAAUUGCCCAUUAUUGUUAAGCAACUUCAAAAACAUAACAACAACAGGAGGAUAUAUAACAACAACAUCGGAAAUGGAAGAUAUUCAUCGUCGUUUUUCGGUCUAUUCCAGAAUGCAGCCCAAGCAGGUGCUUCAAAAUCGAACAAUUAUGCCACGGAGGCCACCAUCUCAGUGAAUCGGCCCUUCAAGCUGCACCGCCUCGACGAAGGACCCGCCACGGAAGUCAAACUGACUAAGGAUGAGGCGCUCAAGUACUACACACAGAUGCAGACGAUCCGGCGGUUGGAGACGGCGGCGGGUAACCUGUACAAGGAGAAGAUCAUCCGUGGCUUCUGUCACCUGUACUCCGGCCAGGAGGCCUGUGCCGUCGGCAUGAAGGCGGCGAUGCGCGAUGUGGACAACAUCAUAUCGGCAUACCGUGUCCACGGCUGGACCUACCUGAUGGGCGUCUCUCCCAGUGGCGUUCUGGCGGAACUCACGGGUGUCCAGGGUGGUUGUGCCCGCGGCAAAGGUGGCUCCAUGCACAUGUACGCCCCGAACUUCUACGGCGGCAAUGGCAUCGUGGGCGCCCAAGUGCCCCUGGGAGCCGGUGUUGGCCUGGCCUGCAAGUACAAGGGCAAUGGCGGCAUGUGCCUGGCUCUCUACGGCGAUGGUGCCGCCAACCAGGGCCAGGUCUUCGAGGCCUACAACAUGGCCUACCUGUGGAAAUUGCCCGUGAUCUUCGUCUGCGAGAACAACAACUACGGUAUGGGAACCAGCUCGGAGCGUGCGUCCUGCAACACGGACUACUACACCCGCGGUGACGCCCUGCCCGGAAUCUGGGUGGACGGCAUGGAUGUGCUGGCCGUGCGCAGUGCCACGGAGUUCGCCAUCAACUAUGUGAACACCCACGGACCUCUGGUUUUGGAGACCAACACGUACCGAUACUCCGGCCACUCGAUGUCCGAUCCGGGCACCUCGUACCGCACGCGCGAGGAGAUCCAGGAGGUGCGCCAGAAGCGCGAUCCCAUCACUUCCUUCAAGGAGCUGUGCAUCGAGCUCGGUCUGAUCACCACCGAUGAAGUCAAGGCCAUCGAUCUGAAGGUGCGCAAGGAGGUCGACGAGGCCACCGCCUUCGCUAAAUCCGAUUCCGAACUGGGCGUGAGCCACCUCUGGACGGACGUCUACUCCAAUAACUUGGAACCCAAGCUGCGCGGCAUUAUCGCCUACGAUAUUGACCACAUCCAGGAGCGCAAGGGUGUCAAUCACUAAGUCAUCGGGCCGACGAAUCUGGUUCGGGAACUCACAAGAGACAAAAUCGAAGAUACACUAAAACACCAACUAAAACAAUCACAGACAGACACGAAGACACAACUCAGACACUUAGACACAAGCGAAAUCUCUAGCUCUUAAGCCGAAUGUUAAAUGAUGAGAACCCCGUAGAUCGGACCCAAAAGAGACCCACAAAAGCUUAGCUAAUCGGAGCACUCCAACCACAUCGUAGCGCACCACAUUACUCUUGGUAACUGCAUUGGAUAUUAUUAUAUUGCGAACGUGUUCAAUAAGGAUAAAGUGAGGUGUAAAUUGUUUAAAAUAUACAUACCUAGAAAAAUUAA